GAGCCCGGAGUCCCGCGGCCGUCGAGACCGGAGCGCGGCGGUCGGGCGUGGGGCGAGCGGGCGAGCGGGGCCGGGAGCCGGAGGCCGCCCGCGGUCCUGCGCCAGGCGCGGUGGGCUUCUGCCUGCGAGAUUAGGCGAGGGGCGGAAAGGGAGGAAAAAGAGAGGCCGAGCGAGAGAAGCCAGGCGAUCGGAUUGUCCGGGAGGCUGGUGUGGAGGAAUAUCCCACCUCGAACUCAAAUCCACAAUAAUAAUCUAAACUAUUAAUAAUAAGGGAGCAGUUUUUCUGGCCAGGCGAGAGGGAGAACAGGGGGAACGGGAAGAAGCGAAAUCUCCGUUUCAUGGAGGCUGAGGCAAGAGAAAAUUUCGGAUCCUGGAUGUGGAGGAGCAAAACAGAACUAACUCAGGAAAUUGUCUUUCAGAAAAAGGCCGAACCUAGGCUGGGAGUCAGGCUGGGGUAGGUGGAGAAACCUGCAAGUUUAAAGGAAAAAGAAAAGGAGAGAAUAUUUUCAGAGAUUUUUCUCUGGUUUGUGGUAUUGCUACCAUUUUAAAGCGAUUCAGUCCUGAUCAAGACAUCAAAACUACAGGAUUCUGGAACUGUGGAGACACUGAGAAACCAUGAGUGUAAGGUUACCCCAGAGUAUAGACAGGUUAAGUAGCCUGUCUUUGGGAGAUUCAGCACCUGAACGCAAGUCCCCUUCCCACCACCGCCAACCCUCCGACACCUCUGAGACAACAGGUCUCGUUCAACGCUGUGUCAUCAUCCAAAAGGACCAGCAUGGCUUCGGCUUCACAGUCAGCGGGGAUCGCAUUGUUCUGGUGCAGUCUGUGCGGCCUGGAGGUGCAGCCAUGAAAGCCGGUGUGAAAGAGGGCGACCGGAUCAUCAAAGUGAACGGCACCAUGGUGACCAAUAGCUCACAUCUGGAAGUGGUGAAGCUUAUCAAAUCUGGUGCCUAUGUUGCACUGACCCUCCUGGGCUCUUCACCCUCGUCCAUUGGUGUCUCUGGGCCCCAGCAGGACCCAGUCCCAGCAGGAGCUCCCCGAGUCACCCCUGUGAUCCCACCACCACCGCCCCCUCCACCUCUGCCACCUCCACAGCGCAUCACAGGACCCAAACCUCUGCAGGAUCCUGAAUUUCAAAAACAUGCCACCCAGAUCCUUAGGAAUAUGCUGAGGCAGGAGGAAAAAGAGUUACAGCGUAUCUGUGAGGUGUAUAGCCGGAACCCCGGCAGCCUGCUGGAAGAGCAGAUCGAAGGCGCCCGGCGGCGAGUCACUCAGUUACAGCUGAAGAUCCAGCAGGAGACUGGUGGCUUAGUGGACAUACUUCCGCUACAUGGUGACACCAGCCAGAGAUCAUCAGAAGGCCGACUCUCUCUGGAUUCCCAGGAGGGGGACAGUGGCCUGGACUCUGGCACAGAGCGCUUUCCUUCCCUCGGCGAGUCAUUGGUGAAUCGGAACUCAGUACUGUCAGACCCUGGGCCGGACAGUCCUCGAACCUCCCCUGUGAUCAUGGCCCGGGUGGCCCAGCACCACAGGCGGCAGGGCUCGGAUGCAUUGGUUCCCCCCAGCGGUGACCAGGGUGUAGAUCAAAGCCCAAAGCCUUUAAUUAUUGGCCCAGAGGAAGAUUAUGACCCGGGUUAUUUCAACAACGAGAGCGACAUCAUAUUCCAGGACUUUGAGAAACUUAAGUCACGGCCGGCUCACCUGGGGGUUUUUCUACGGUACAUCUUCUCUCAGGCGGACCCCAGUCCACUGCUUUUUUACUUGUGUGCAGAAGUUUAUCAGCAAACAAACCCCAAGGAUUCCCGAAGCUUGGGAAAAGACAUCUGGAAUAUUUUCCUAGAGAAAAAUGCGCCUCUGAGAGUGAAGGUCCCAGAGAUGUUACAGGCUGAAAUUGACCUGCGCCUGCGGAAUGGUGAGGACGUGCGUGCUGUUCUCUGUGAGGCUCAGGAGGCAGCCAUGCCAGAGAUCCAGGAGCAGAUCCAUGACUACAGAACAAAGCGCACUCUGGGGCUGGGAAGCCUGUAUGGUGAAAAUGACCUGCUGGACCUGGAUGGAGACCCUCUCCGCGAGCGCCAGGUGGCAGAGAAGCAGCUGGCUGCCCUAGGAGACAUUUUGUCCAAAUACGAGGAAGACAGGAGUGCCCCCAUGGACUUCGCCCUCAAUACCUACAUGAGCCAUGCGGGCAUCCGUCCUCGAGAAGCACGACCUUCCAACACGGCUGAAAAGGCCCAGUCCGCUCCUGACAAGGACAAGUGGCUACCCUUCUUCCCGAAGACCAAGAAGCAGAGCAGCAAUUCCAAGAAAGAAAAGGAUGCCUUGGAGGACAAGAAGCGAAACCCCAUCCUCAAGUACAUCGGGAAGCCCAAAAGCUCUUCCCAGAGCACAUUUCAUAUUCCCUUGUCCCCUGUGGAAGUCAAACCAGGCAACGUGAGGAACAUCAUUCAGCACUUUGAGAACAACCAGCAGUACGAUGCCCCGGAGCCUGGGAUGCAGCGACUCUCGACAGGAAGCUUUCCCGAGGACCUGCUGGAGAGCGACAGUUCUCGCUCAGAGAUUCGCCUGGGCCGCUCUGAGAGCCUGAAGGGCCGGGAGGAGAUGAAGCGGUCCCGGAAGGCAGAGAACGUGCCCCGUUCUCGCAGCGACGUGGACAUGGACGCGGCCGCAGAGGCCGCCCGCCUCCACCAGUCAGCCUCGUCCUCUGCCUCCAGCCUCUCCACCAGGUCUCUUGAGAACCCAACCCCUCCCUUCACCCCCAAAAUGGGCCGCAGGAGCAUUGAGUCCCCCAGCUUGGGGUUUUGCACAGAUGCCCUCCUCCCCAACCUCCUAGAAGAUGAUCUGGGCCAACUGUCUGACCUGGAGCCAGAGCCCGACGCCCAAAACUGGCAGCAUACAGUGGGCAAGGAUGUGGUGGCUGGGCUAAGCCAGAGGGAGAUUGACCGGCAGGAGGUCAUCAACGAACUGUUUGUGACAGAGGCUUCCCAUCUGCGCACACUCCGGGUGCUGGACCUGAUCUUCUACCAGCGGAUGAAGAAGGAGGGCCUGCUGCCCCGGGAGGAGCUGGCACGGCUCUUCCCCAACCUGCCCGAGCUCAUCGAGAUCCACAAUUCCUGGUGUGAAGCCAUGAGGAAACUCCGGGAGGAGGGCCCCAUCAUCAAAGAAGUCAGUGACCUCAUGCUGGCUCGGUUCGAUGGCCCCGCCCGGGAGGAGCUCCAGCAGGUGGCCGCGCAGUUCUGCUCCUAUCAGUCCAUCGCCCUGGAGCUGAUCAAGACCAGGCAGCGCAAGGAGAGCCGGUUCCAGCUCUUCAUGCAGGAGGCUGAGAGCCACCCUCAGUGCCGGCGGCUGCAGCUUAGAGACCUCAUCAUCUCUGAGAUGCAGCGGCUCACCAAGUACCCACUGCUGCUGGAGAACAUCAUCAAGCACACGGAGGGUGGCACCUCUGAGCACGAGAAACUCUGCCGGGCCCGGGAUCAGUGCCGGGAAAUUCUCAAGUACGUGAAUGAAGCAGUGAAGCAGACAGAGAACCGGCACCGUCUAGAGGGCUACCAGAAACGUCUGGAUACCACCUCCCUGGAGAGGGCCAGCAACCCCCUGGCAGCGGAGUUCAAGAGUCUGGAUCUUACAACCAGAAAGAUGAUCCAUGAGGGGCCCCUGACCUGGAGGAUCAGCAAAGAUAAGACCUUGGACCUCCACGUGCUGCUGCUGGAGGACCUCCUCGUGCUGCUGCAGAAACAGGAUGAGAAGCUGCUGCUGAAGUGUCACAGCAAGACAGCCGUGGGCUCCUCGGACAGCAAGCAGACCUUCAGCCCGGUGCUCAAGCUCAAUGCCGUGCUCGUCCGCUCCGUGGCCACAGAUAAACGGGCCUUCUUCAUUAUCUGUACCUCCGAGCUGGGCCCACCCCAGAUCUACGAGCUGGUGGCAUUGACGUCAUCAGACAAGAACACAUGGAUGGAGCUCUUAGAAGAGGCCGUGCGGAACGCCACCAGGCACCCUGGAGCCGCCCCAAAGCCCGUCCACCCGCCGCCCUCAGGCCCCCAGGAGCCAGCCCACCAGAGCCCCACACCCAGCAGGGAAGGACUGGAUGACUCCGAGGUGUUCCGUAGUGAGCCAGAGCCUGAGACAGUACCUGGAGGCACUGGGCCCCAGCAGAGGGUCAAAGGGAAGCACCCGGUCCUGCUAGAGGGCCCCAAGCAGGAGGGCAGCAUAGAAGAAGAGGAGCUGGGUACCCUGCCUCACCCUUCUGCCUCCCUGGAUGGAGAGAACAGGGGCAGCAGGACAAGGGACCCCAUCCUCCUGCCCCUCCCAGGCCCUCUGUUCAUGGAAGGACUCGCCGAUGCAGCCCUGGAGGACGUGGAGAACCUGCGGCACCUGAUCCUGUGGAGCCUGCUGCCAGGUCGCCCCAUGGACCCACAGACUUCUGGGGAGCCCGAGGACGACCUGACACCUACACCUUCCGUCAUCAGCAUCACUUCUCACCCCUGGGACCCAGGCUCCCCAGGGCGAGCUCCCACUGGGGGUGAAGGGGACAGUGCCCCGCUCUCAGGGCCAGAGCGGGGCCAGCAGGAGGACACGGCUCUCUGUUCUCUGGAACACCUGCCCCCAAGGGCCAGGAAUUCUGGGAUCUGGGAAUCUCCUGAGCUGGACAGGAAUCCAGAGGAAGAAGCUUCGAGCACAGAGGCAACAGGAAGUUACAAAGUUGUGAGAAAAGUCUCUACUGUCCCUGGUGGUGGUGUCGGUGCAGCUGAGGUGGCAGGCAGCAAAGUUGUCCCUGCACUACCAGAGAGUGGCCAGUCAGAGCCUGAGCCACCCGAAGUGGAAGGCGGAGCAAAGGCUACGGGAAACUGCUUUUACGUGAGCAUGCCGGCAGGACCCCUGGACUCAAGCACUGACCCCUCAGGGGCACGCGUGGGGCCCUCCCAGCCCGAUGGCCUCCCUGCCUGGCAGCCGGCGCCUCGGCCCGCGCUGCGGGAAGGCAAUGAAGAUCAAAGGCGCCUGGGCCGCUCUCCCCCCAGCCUGGCCCUCAGGGACAUGGGCAUGAUCUUCCGUACCAUCGAGCAGCUCACCGUCAAGCUCAACAGGCUCAAGGCCACAACGCCCCGCUGGAAGACAGCCUGGCGGACUCGGCCACAUCCCCAGGACUGUAGCUGUCCAAACCACCGAAUCCUCCGCGUCCCGAACUCCUCCUCUAGGGACUGGCCUGAGGCAGGGCUCAGGGUGGGGAGAGCCCAAACCUCCUCCCUGCGGUGGAGGCAGGCGGUUGAAGAGACAGCUCCAGCCAAGACCGGGGGCAGAUGCGCAUGUUGCUUGGUCUGCUCAGAUUGGAGUCAAGUUUCCUUGUCUUUUCCCCUCCCUUCAGCCCAACCCUUCGAGGCCUUGUGUCUCCUAAGCAUGCUGACUGCAUCUGAAAGGCCCCCCUCGUCCCACGGAUGUGCGCGCCUGUGUGUGUGGGUGAAAGGAGGCGGCUCCAGUGUAAAUGCACUUUCUUCCUCCCCUCCCUUCUCCACAGGGCCCAAGGCUGGGGCGGGUGUCUCCACCUCUCCUCUUUGUCACUUUGGUUUCCUAUAAAUAUGUAUGUAUUGUAUGUG